UGGUGUCCGGCCGGUGUCCACAGGUUCUAUUCCCGAAUUGAUUUUAUAUUAUUUUUGUGAUUUCCUAAAGCGCUACUUUAACGAUGGCGCCUACCCCCGUCUCAGAAGACCGUCUAACGUCUGGACACCGGUUGUCACACCCACCGCCUGGUGACGAAGUACUGAUCAGUGGUAUUUCUGGCUAUUUCCCGGAUUCCGACUCCGUUAUACACCUGCAGGAGAAUCUGUUUAAUAAGGUGGACCUAAUCUCCGGGGACGGUCGUCGAUGGAAGCUCGCCCACCCCGAGAUCCCGCAGAGGACAGGCAAAGUGAAUAAUGUCAACAAAUUCGACGCUUCCUUCUUCGGAGUCCACUUCAAGCAGGCCCACACUAUGGACCCCAUGUGCAGGAUCCUGUUGGAGAAGGCGUAUGAGGCUGUGAUUGAUGCUGGUUUAAACCCAAAAGAGCUUCGUAACACAAAGACAGGCGUUUUCAUUGGCGCCUGUUUCUCGGAGUCGGAGAAGACAUGGUUCUACGAAAAGAUGCAGGUCAACGGCUUUGGUGUCACUGGAUGUUCCCGAGCCAUGUUAGCGAACCGUAUCUCCUACUGGCUAGGAGUAACCGGUCCCUCCUACACCGUGGACUCAGCCUGCUCCAGCUCGCUGUACGCCAUGGAACACGCGUUCAGAGCUAUCCGAGAUGGUCACUGUGAUGCUGCUAUAGUUGGUGGUUCCAAUCUGUGUCUCCAUCCUUAUGUGUCGCUGCAGUUCUCCAGAUUGGGAGUACUAUCACCUGAUGGAAGAUGCAAGAGUUUCGACAACAGUGCCAAUGGAUACGCCAGAUCUGAAGCUAUUGUGGUCUGUCUGCUGCAGAAGGCGAAAGACUCGAGAAGAGUAUACGCCCAAGUGCUCCACGCUAAAACCAACUGCGACGGUUACAAGGAACAAGGUAUCACGUAUCCUGCUGGAAAUAUCCAGAAGCUUCUGCUAAAUGAGUUCUAUGAAGAGUGCUCUAUACAACCAAAUACUCUGGAGUUUGUUGAAGCCCACGGCACUGGUACGAAAGUAGGAGACCCUGAAGAAUUAUUAGCCAUUGACGAAGUUUUCUGUACGGGCCGUUCAGAGCCACUCUUGAUUGGUUCCAUCAAAUCUAACUUGGGACACAGUGAACCUGCUUCUGGGCUUUGCUCUGUGGCCAAGCUCUGCAUAGCCUACAGCACAGGCUACAUCCCACCCAACUUGCACUUUAAUAAAAAACGUGAAGGCGUGAAAGCUCUAGAAGAGAACAGACUUAGGGUGAUCACUGAGAAGACUCCAUGGAAUAGAGGAAUGGCUGGAAUCAACUCCUUUGGUUUUGGGGGUGCUAACGCCCAUAUUCUAUUGAAGAAUGUUGCUCCGGCUAAGGUGAACAAAGGCAUCCCAUCAGACAACCUGCCCCGUCUGGUCUGCGUGUCUGGUCGAACAGAAUCCGCAGUUGCCAAGAUCCUAGAUGAUCUAGAGUCUAGGAAUGUGGACGUGGAACUCGUCAGACUGCUGCACUCGAUCCAUGAUGAGGAUAUCGGGGGUCAUGUUGUUAGAGGAUAUUCUCUAUUGGGAUCAACCCCCACAAAAGCAAUAUCCCUAUCCCGGGACAUCCAGUACUUCUCCGGAGUACGUCGUCCGGUGUGGUUCGUGUACAGCGGCAUGGGCUCGCAGUGGGCCGGCAUGGCCGAGCAACUAAUGAGGGUGCCUGUGUUUGCUGCGGCCAUACAGAGAUGCCACAAAGCCCUAGAGCCUAAAGGCAUUAAUCUAACCAAGAUCAUCACAGAAAAAGAUCCCAAGAUCUAUGACAACAUUCUAAAUUCCUUCAUCGGUAUCGCCGCGGUACAAAUCGGUCUCACUGACGUCUUGAAGACAAUUGGCAUCGAACCUGAUUAUAUUAUUGGUCACAGUGUAGGUGAAUUAGGUUGCGCAUACGCAGACGGUUGUUUCACAGCUGAGCAAAUGAUCCUCUCAGCUUAUAGCCGAGGUCUAGCGUCCAUUGAGACUCCCUUCAUCAAGGGAUCUAUGGCUGCUGUUGGAAUGGGUUAUACACAGAUCAAAGAACUCUGUCCCCCUGAGAUCGAAGUGGCGUGCCAUAAUGGACCCGACUCUAGUACCAUUUCUGGCCCAGCGGACAUUAUGCGCAGUUUUGUGUCCAAAUUGGUAGAAAAGGGCAUUUUCGCUAAGGAAGUUCCGUGUUCCAAUAUUGCGUAUCAUUCGAGAUAUAUCUCUGAGGCUGGUCCUAAACUACUAAAAUACCUGAAGGAAGUGAUCCCGGAACCCAAACCUCGCUCCGACAAGUGGGUCUCAACUUCUGUACCACAGCACUUGUGGAAGGAUCCUAAAGCACAAUUAUCUUCAGCUGAAUACCACACCAAUAACCUUUUGAGCCCAGUGCUCUUCGAGGAAACUUCCCGUUUGAUCCACCAAAACGCGCUAACUAUUGAGAUAGCCCCACACGGUCUUCUGCAAGCCAUCUUACGCAGAUCUCUGAAGAAGGAUGUUAUUAAUGUUCCACUCACUCAGAGAGGAGAGGAUAACGUGCAAGUGUUGUUCACUGCGGUUGGCAAGUUAUACGAAGCGGGUCUGAACCCGAAGCUAGCAGCUAUAUACCCGCCCGUGGCGUUCCCUGUAUCACUCGGCACACCGAUGCUUUCGCAUUUGGUUGAGUGGGAACAUAGUGAAGAUUGGUAUGUGACUUCAUACAAGGCACAAGAAAAGAUGAAGUCUGGUGAGAGAACAGUUAGAAUGUCGAUUGCUGAUGAAGACAGCGAAUACAUGAUCGGUCACGUUGUUGACGGUCGUAACCUUUACCCCGCCACUGGAUACCUAGUACUUGCCUGGGAAACUCUGGGUAUGAUGAUGGGAGAACUCUUCACUGAGGUUUCUGUUGUAUUCGAGAACGUUCGAUUCCAGAGGGCCACUAACAUUCCUAAGGAGGGCAAUUUGGAGUUUGUUAUUAUGAUCCAAAAGGGCAGUGGCAAUUUCGAGAUCGUAGAAAGCGGUGCAUCCAUAGUAACUGGUCGUAUUUACGCCAAGAAGAACGUUGGCCAGGAAUAUAGGCAGCUCCAACCGGCACCAGAAGCAACUGGCCCCAAUGUGAAGCACAUGCUCACUAAGGACUUCUACAAGGAGCUUAGGCUUAGAGGCUAUCAAUAUAGCGGUCUCUUCCGUGGAGUAAUCGGUUGCAACAUUGAAGGAACUAGAGGUCGUCUAGCCUGGGUCAACAACUGGGUCACAUUCAUGGACUGUAUGCUCCAAUUACGUAUAGUGGGCAAUGAUACUAGAGGUCUCUUUGUGCCAACAAGAAUUGAGAAAUUAUCGAUCGAUGCCAAUAUGCACUAUGAUGCUGUUUCCAAGAUGAACCCGGAUUCGAAUAGACAGUCCUUUGAAGUUAGGGUGUACCCGGAUGUGGAUGUUAUCAGGGCUGGUGGUGUUGAAGUCCGUGGUCUUCACGCUACACCAAUCUCCAGGAAGAUUCCUCUCGGUAUCCCCGUGCUGGAAAAGAAUGAGUUCGUCCCCAACUUUGGAAAGACCAAGAUGGCUGUUGAAGACAUCCUCCGAGCGAACAUUCAACUAAUCCUAGAAAACGUACAAACAUACAAAGUGAAGAGCAUAGAAUUAAUAGAUGAGGAAUACAAGAACAACUCCUACGAACCUCUCUUAGAGAAAGUUGGUGACAUGCUUGGUGACCUUCCGUUAGUACAACCAGAGUUAUUGGUGAUCUCUGAAGAAGCUAUUGAAAUGCCGUCCUAUAUCACUGUUGAGAAUAAGAAGAUAUCUGGAGAGACGAACACUGUGCUGUUUAUUGGUGCUAACCUGUUUGGAAGGCCUGAGAUCCUACAACAAGCGGUAUCGACCCUCCGCGACAAGUGUUUCCUCAUCUCCCGCGAGAAGACCCGCCCCGACAUCAAAGAGCACUCCGACAAAUACGACAUCCUCACCAUCCAAGACACGGGCACUGAAUAUCUCGUCCUCUUUAGAAAACGAGUUGGAGCCAAACCUGCAAAAUUCAUCCAAAUCGUCACAGCCGACCAGACGUACGCGUGGAUAGAUAAAGUGAAGGAAGAAUUGAAGAAUGGGCAAAAACUGGUCAUCUAUAGCCAGGAUGAGCCAUUAAAUGGAUUGCUCGGAUUGGUCAAUUGUUUGCGGAAGGAGCCGGGUGGUGAAAUUGUAUAUGGGCUGCUUAUUGCUGACCCUGCAGCACCAGCUUUCAACCCGGAUUUGGAGUUCUAUGAAGAACAGUUGGAUAAGGAUCUGGCUAUCAAUGUGUAUCAGGAUGGUCAAUGGGGUACCUACCGUCACUUACUCCUCGGGGACUUGGAAACAGUCCGCGCUAACCACGCCUUCGUCAAUACUGUGACUAUCGGAGAUCUAUCCUCACUCAAGUGGCUCGAAGGACCAAUUAGAGAGAACCAGGAGUUCAAGAACCCAGAGCAUGUGCUUAUACAUGUAUACUGUGCAGCACUUAACUUCCGUGACGUCAUGACGGCCAUGGGUCGUGUGACCGUUGACGCAGUGGCGAGAGGUCGGCUUGCGCAGGAGUGCGUGCAAGGGUUCGAAAUCGUUGGUAGAACUGCCAAUGGUUCCCGCGUAAUGGCGAUGGUGAAGAACAGCGGUAUGGCCAACAUGGUGCGUGGGGACCGAGCGCUCUGUUGGAGCAUACCUGAUGAGUGGACGUUUGAAGAGGCUGCUACUGUGCCUGUGGCUUAUGGCACUGUGUACUAUGCUAUGGUAAUGGUGGGUCAAAUGCAACGUGGUGAGUCGAUCCUGAUCCACGCUGGGUCUGGUGGCGUGGGGCAGGCCGCCAUUAACGUGGCGCUGCAUUAUGGUUGUGAAGUGUUCACCACCGUGGGCACUGCAGAGAAGAGGGCCUUUAUCAAGAAGCUGUUCCCGCAGUUGAAGGACAGCCACAUCGGCAAUUCCCGUGACACGUCCUUCGAGGACAUGAUCCGUCGCGAGACCAACGGCAAGGGUGUUGACAUGGUUCUCAACUCGCUGUCUGAUGACAAACUACAGGCGUCAGUCCGUUGCCUUGGUUACCGCGGUCGUUUCCUCGAGAUCGGCAAGUUCGACAUCAGCAACAACACGCCCAUCGGCAUGUACUUCUUCCUCAAGGAGACCUCCUUCCACGGGAUCAUGUUGGACUACAUCUUCGACCAGAGCUUCGAGUUCAGAAAGAAGUUGCAAGAGCUUCUCCUCACUGGUAUAGAGAGUGGUGCAGUUAGGCCGCUCACAUACUGCACGUUCCAGAAGAAUGAGGUGGAAACCGCCUUCAGAUACAUGGCUGCUGGCAAACAUAUUGGCAAAGUAAUUGUAAAGAUCCGUGAUGAAGAACGCGCAAACCGUCCAGUCAAACCUACUGCCAUGCCUGUUAACGCUCUACCAAGGUACAUGUGCACAGAUGACAUGUGCUACGUAGUGGUCGGUGGUCUUGGAGGCUUCGGUCUUGAGCUCGCUGAUUGGCUCAUUUUGCGUGGAGCUAGAAAAGUGUUGUUGACUUCAAGAAGAGGGAUCACUAAUGGAUACCAGGCGUCGAGGUUGAGGGCUUGGGCAGGCUAUGAAGCUGAUGUCCAAAUCUCAACUCACGACAUCACAACCGAAGAAGGCUGUGAGCAAAUGCUAAAAAUGGCGAACGCCAUGGGCCCAGUGGAAGCCAUCUUUAAUUUAGCCGUCAUUUUGAAGGACUCCAUCUUCCAGAAUCAAACCCCGGAAACUUUCAGGACAUCGUUCGCACCUAAAGCUGUCGCCACUAUGAACUUGGACAAAUACUCUAAGAAAUUGUGCCCGAAAUUGAAGGACUUCGUAAUAUUCUCGUCCGUGUCGUGCGGUCGCGGUAAUGCCGGCCAGACCAACUACGGUAUGUCGAACUCUGUGAUGGAGCGUAUUUGCGAGUGGCGUAAGAAGCUUGGCCUCCCGGCCCUUGCUGUGCAAUGGGGUGCUGUUGGUGAUGUGGGUCUAGUAGCAGACAUGCAGGACGAAGACGUCCAGCUUGAAAUCGGAGGCACUUUACAACAGCGUAUCUCCUCCUGCCUGUUAGCGCUCGACAAGUUCCUGAAGCAGGAUGCUGUGAUCGUCUCCUCUAUCGUUGUUGCUGAGAAGAAGGCGGGAGGAUCUGGUUGUGGCAACAUUGUGGAUGCUGUGGCUCAGAUCAUGGGUAUCAAGGAUCUCAAGACAGUGUCCCAACAAGUAUCUCUCGCUGAACUCGGUAUGGACAGUAUGAUGGCUGUGGAAAUCAAACAGACGCUUGAGAGAGAGUUCGAGAUCUUCCUCACAGCGCAGGAUAUUAGAACUCUGACGUUCGCUAGAUUAGUAGAACUAACAGCACAACGUGAAGCUGCAGCAUCAACAUCAGUCUCCGCAGUCCCAGUGGCCGCUGAGGGUGGAGUUGGUCUGCGGGUGCUGAUCAGGAACUUCGGGGAUGAGAAGGUUGCUAGCGAGCCGCUGAUCUACAUGCCCACUAUGGUCAGCGAUGGCACUGAGAAUGAGAUAACAAUAAACGAGGAAGAGCGCGUAAUAUUCAUGGUGCCCGGUUUGGAGGGCUGUGCGUCUGCGCUGGAGCCGCUGUGCAAGAGACUGCGUGUGAGAGUGUGCGUGCUGCAGCUCGCCGGCGACGCGCCCAGCCAGCAGCUGGACGAGCUGGUGGACGUGCUCUACACGAACAUGAAGUCCCGCCUGAACCCCGGGGCUCCAUACAUUCUGCUGGGUUACAGUUUCGGUACUAUGGCCACCUUGAGACUCGCUGCCAGACUCGAAAAAGAAGGCCACCAAGGCACAGUAUUCUGCAUAGACGGUGCACCCGAGUUCCUCUACGCAAUCCUCUCAAUGAACCUUAACUUCAAAACCGACACACAGUUACAGAACAACCUCCUCUGCCAUUGUAUAGACAUAGUCGCUCCUAACAACGAUGUUACCGCUACUCUUAUAGACAAACUUAACGAAAUAGAAUCCUAUACAGAUAGAGUCCAAUACACAGUCGACGUCUGUCCCAUACAAAAUAACGACUAUUCCAAACAAUUCAUCGCCAACAUGGCCGUCGCUUGCUACUACAGACUCAAAAUGGUCAAUAAUUACAAGCCAGAAGACUUCCCCAAAAUUAAAGCCCCCAUUAUCCUCUUGCGUCCGAAAGAAAACCCACCUUUCUUAACUCUGGAACAAAAUUAUGGUCUCGAUAAAUUAACUGAGGGUAGUGUUACUGUACAUUAUCUAGAAGGAAACCACAAUACGAUAUUGGAAAACAAAGAUUGUGCCAAUAUUAUCAACAAAAUCGUCAAUAAAGACGCCAAUCCUAAAACUUCUACUAACGUAGUAACUAAUAUGGUGGAAAAACAAAAAUCUGUUCAGGUUUAAGUAAUUUCCUUAUAUUUUGACGAAUUAACUUAUUCCUUUUACGAUAAGAGGCACACUUAAUUUAUUUAAGUUAUUAUUAUGGAUCUGUUAGGUUAGCUAAGUUAUAAGUUCUUCAAGUGAAGACCAGUACCAAAAUAAAUAUUCACUAAUUAGAUUCUGUUUAUUUAAGAGUUAUAUGUAACUGUAUUUAUUUGUUAUGUACACGGGGUUUGUUUCGGGAAAAGUAAAUAAAGUUAUUUUUAUUA